UCAGAAAACUUUGUUUUCUACAAAAAUCUUACGUUUUUAGCUUAGGUGAGCCUGCAUUGUCAUUAAAGAUCUGUUCCUAAAGAAGCAUUUAUGGUGUAUUUGCGUAUACACUACCAACAAGAAGAUGUAACUUUCCUGCUUUCGACCGGAUCAUUAUGCCAAUCCAGUGUAGCAGCUGUGCGAAACAUCGGGCAGUGCUCAGACGGCCGAAGACCGGCCAUUCAUUAUGUAAAUCCUGCUUCUUCUGGGCUUUUGAAGAAGAGAUCCACCAGACCAUCGUAUCCGCUCGGUUGUUUAAUCGCGGGGAGACGGUUGGGAUCGGAGCCUCAGGCGGAAAAGACUCCACGGUACUGGCUCACGUCCUGAAAGUGCUGAAUGAGCGCUAUGAUUACGGUUUGAAGCUGCUGCUGCUCUCAGUGGACGAGGGCAUCACGGGAUACCGCGACGACUCUCUAGAAACGGUGAAGAGAAAUCAGCAGCAGUACGAUCUGCCCCUCACCAUCGUCUCCUAUGAAGAGCUCUAUGGCUGGACCAUGGACGCCAUCGUGAAGCAAGUGGGCAUGAAGAACAACUGCACCUUUUGCGGCGUGUUUCGGAGGCAGGCGCUUGAUCGGGGAGCCAUGAUGUUGAACGUGGACAAGAUAUGUACAGGUCACAAUGCAGACGAUGUGGCGGAGACAGUGCUGAUGAACAUGCUUCGCGGUGAUAUUGCUCGUCUGCGGCGCUGCACAGCGAUUAGCACAGCCAGCGAUGGUGAAGGAGCAAUACCACGCUGCAAACCCCUCAAAUAUGCUUAUGAAAAAGAAAUUGUCCUUUAUGCCUACUUCAAGAAGCUAGACUAUUUCUCUACUGAGUGUAUUUACUCACCCAAUGCUUACCGUGGCCAUGCACGUACCUUUCUCAAAGACUUAGAGGCAGUCAGGCCUAGCGCCAUCAUGGACAUCAUACACUCGGGUGAGAACCUCUCUGUAAGGGAAGGAGUGAAGAUGCCUGUGCAAGGAACAUGCUCACACUGUGGUUACAUCUCCAGCCAGGCACUGUGCAAGUCCUGUGUGCUGCUGGAGGGCCUGAACCGAGGCCUGCCCAAACUUGGGAUAGGCAAACGCCACCAGCUCCAUGAUAAGAUCUUGGCCCGGCAAGCUUUAACAAAGCAUGAGGAGAAGAAGCUAAAGGCAGUGGACUUUUAAUUAGGUUUUUUUCUGCAAGUGGCAUGUAUAAUGCACGGGCAUCAGGUGUAAUCCAUUGUAUUAUUGUUUUUAGCUUUUGGAUCUUUAGUCUAUAAUAAACUAUAAUAUUUCUUUUGAA